CUUAUUCUUAAAAUGGAGAGAGGGUCUACAACUUUCUUGGAUGAUUCUGGACAUCUGCACGGCUAUGAGCGUUCAUAUCCUACAGGAAAGAUUGAAGUAAUUGGAAAUACUUUUCAGUUUUCUGUGAAUGUGAGUGAGUUUGCACCUGAAGAUGUCAUUAUCACUUCAUCAAACAACUUAAUCGAAGUCCAUGCUGAAAAAAUGGCAGAAGAUGGCACGGUAACCAACACUUUGUCUCAUCGCUGUAAACUUCCAGCAGAUGUGGACCCUGUUUCUGUGACGCUAAACCUGGGGAGCAGUGGUGUCCUGACAGUCAAAGCUCAGAGGGCACAACUGACAAAUGAAUGAA